CCGGGCCGGGCAGGCGGCGGCGCCGCCAUGAAGCGGGACGUGCGGAUCCUCCUGCUCGGGGAGGGUGGGGAAGACGUCCCUGAUCAUGGCUCUGGUGGGAGAGGAGUUUCCUGAAGAGGUGCCCCCCCGGGCGGAGGAGAUCACCAUCCCGGCCGAUGUCACCCCUGAGAAGGUCCCCACACACAUAGUAGACUACUCAGAGUCGGAGCAGACGGAGGAGGAGCUGCAGGAGGAGAUCGCCAAGGCCAACGUGGUCUGCAUGGUGUACGAUGUCACCAAGGAGGCCACCAUUGACAAGAUUCGCACAAAGUGGAUCCCCAUGGUGAACGGGGGACUGGAAAAGGGAUCCAGAAUCCCCAUUAUUUUAGUGGGAAACAAGUCUGACCUGCAGGUGGGAAGCUCCAUGGAGGUCAUCCUGCCCAUCAUGAACCAAUUCUCGGAGAUUGAGACCUGUGUGGAGUGCUCUGCCAAGAACCUCAAGAACAUCUCUGAGCUCUUCUACUAUGCCCAGAAAGCUGUGCUGCACCCCACUGCCCCGCUCUACGACCCAGAGGAGAAGCAGCUCAGACCCGCCUGUGCUCGAGCGCUGACCCGCAUCUUCAACCUCUCAGACCAGGACAACAACCAGAUUCUCAGUGAUGAUGAGCUCAACUACUUCCAGAAGUCUUGUUUUGGAAACCCCCUGGCUCCCCAGGCCCUGGAGGAUGUGAAGAUGGUUGUGUGGAAGAACACGACGGACGGGGUGCAGGACAACGGCCUCACCUUGAACGGCUUCCUCUUCCUCAACACCCUCUUCAUCCAGAGGGGCCGGCACGAGACCACCUGGACCAUCCUGCGCCGCUUCGGCUACGACGACGAGCUGGAGCUGACAGAUGAUUACCUGUACCCACAGAUCCGUGUGCCCCCUGGCUGCUCCACAGAGCUCAACCACUUGGGAUACCAAUUCCUGCAGAGGCUCUUUGAGAAGCACGACAAGGACCAGGACGGAGCCCUGUCGCACACAGAGCUGCAGAACUUCUUCAGCGUGUUCCCCUGCGUGCCCUGGGGCCCCGAGCUCUACAACACGGUAUGCACCACUGAUAAAGGCCUGCUUUCCCUGCAUGGAUUCCUCUGCCAGUGGACGCUCGUGGCUUACCUGGACGUGCGGCACUGCCUGGAGUGCCUGGGCUACCUGGGCUACCCCAUCCUCUCAGAGCAGGACUCCCAGACCCAAGCCCUCACAGUGACCCGGGAGAAGAGGAUUGACCUGGAGAAGGGGCAGACCCAGAGGAAUGUGUUCCUGUGCAAGGUGCUGGGAGCGCGGGGCGCAGGCAAGUCCGCCUUCCUGCAGGCCUUCCUCGGCAGGAGCCUGGCGGCCCAGAAGGAGAAGCCAGGAAAGCCAUCCCUCUACACCAUCAACACAGUGCAGGUCAAUGGCCAGGAGAAGUACCUCAUACUGUCCGAGGUCAGUGCUGACAGCACCUUCUCCAAGCCGUCGGACACCGCCUGCGACGUCGCCUGCUUCAUCUACAGCCUGAGCGACCCCAAAUCCUUCAGCUACUGUGCCAGCAUCUACAAGCAACACUACGUGGACAGCCAGAUCCCCUGUGUGUUCGUGGCCUCCAAGACAGACCUGCCAGAAGCCAGCCAGCAGCCAGGGCUCUUCCCAGCUGAGUUCUGCUACAAGCACUGCCUCCCUCCACCCUUCCCCUUCUCCUGCCACAGCCAGGGACCACCCAGCACUGCUGUCUACACCAAACUGGCCACUGCUGCCACCUUCCCGCACCUGAACGCCGUGGAGCUGGGAGUCGCGUCCUUCUGGCUGCGGGUGGCGCUGGGGGCGGCGGUGACAGCGCUGGUGGGCUUCACCCUGUACCGCCUGCUGGCCAAGAACAAGUGAGAGCCCCGCCCCGCUCC